UGUUCAAGAAAGCAACUUAACUCAGAUAUGGAGCGUAUACUUGUAACAACAAUUUUCAUAUUGUGCUUUACCCUGUGUCUCUCUUUCACCGUACCUCCUGGGGUGGAGGUCAGAUGUCCAUCUAGAUACCGUGUGCAGGCUGUUAGCGACAAGGCUGUUCAGUUUGAAGUAGUAGAUAACAAGACAGAAUGUGAUAGACUAACGAGAGCAAGGCAAAGGAAAGGGAUCAAGGACACUGAUGUAGAACCGUCUAUCACAUUGGUCUACAAAGACGGACAUUACAGGGCCAAUAUAAGCUGGGAGUUCUAUCUGCGUGGAAAAAGACUACCGAGGGUGUUUCUUAUAAAUCUCACAUUUUAUGACAUCAAAGACAAUCAACAUCCUAAAUAUAUGAAUGAUUCAUGUGUAUUACUGCGGCUGAUUGGGAACAGAAAAGUGAAAACCAAGCAUCAAGUGCAGUUUUAUUUUGACUGUCUGCCACUGCUGAAAGAACCGGACAUCGGCCUGGUGGUUCAGUUGUGGAGCUAUUCUAGACAAGAUCGCCCUUGUAGAUCCCUGCGUUCCUUACCACAGGGGAAAAGUAACUGCGGUCCAAAUGUCCAGUGUUCGCAAAAGUACAGCUACCCCAUUUCUGAAAAUGCCCACACAUACAUACAGUGUGCCUGUUAUAGAAAAAAUCACGGGGUGCCAAAAUUGCACUGGAAAUAUGACUACACAGACGAAGUAUUCUAUAUCAACUUUACAAAUGUACCACCGUACCUGAAUCAUGCAGUGAUAGACAUUGUUGAUGGACAUACUGAGGACAAUCUUGGUAUCAUUGAAGUGAGAAAGUCCAACAUGCGAGAUGGUGAAAUACAUGAAAAAUCUGAAAAAUUUGGACUAGGCAACUAUACAGUAUACGUAUGUGUGAAACUAAAACUUUACCUGGAAUGUUCGGAAGCUGGAAGUACGGAGUCUCUAUACAGUGGUGAAAUUGAUGACAAUUGCUGUGUCCGUGGUAGCAGCUGCGAUGGCAGCGAUUAUUACAUCUACAGUGACCAAAAACUCAAUGUUUCACGAAGUAAAUCAGAAAAAAUAACUACUGUGAAACAAGACAUUUGGGAUGAGGAAAAGCUAGAGACAAUACUUGGAAUUGUGGGAGGCAUAAUACUUACAGUAAUAGUUACAACCGUGACAUUUUUCAUCUGUCGCAAACGGAAAUUACCCGAAAGUAGAAGUUGUAGGCCACCAACAAAUGAGAUAGAAAUGAGUGAGCUUUCUCCCGAACGAGUGCCACUCAGAGAUGAGCCACUCAGAGAUGAGAAUCAAACACCGUUCAUUAUGACAAACAAUAUUCGUAUUGAAACAACAUUAAGUCAAACACAAGGGUUGGAGCAAUCCGCAAACCAUCCAGUACCAGUGCUCACUGAAAGCUGUCAACGAACAGAGAACAAUCAGACCAGAACAACAUUUAAGAAGUACCAGGUAGUGUUGCUCUAUCAUCCAGAUGCGGACAACCCAAGGCAUAUUCAGAGGAUUGCAGACUUCGCACAAACUUUGACUGAUAAAUAUGGAAUUAUUAUAGAAAGAAGUACAACUGAAAACUGGGUUGACUUUGCGGAGACGGCCUUUGAUAGGUUUCGUAAUAUUGUAUUAAUAAUUUCCAGUGGAUUAUACCGCAUGCUUCGUCAUUAUCUACAUUCGGAACAAAUACCCGAAGAACUACUUUCAGCACGUAACCGAGAGAUAACGCCAUGCAUUGUUCUAAAUAAAAUGCAAACUCAAAUUCAAGAUCAUUCAGAAGUGCAGCAUUGCUCUAAACAAAAGGGUAUUUGUCUCCACAUUGUAAAUCUGGACAACAGAGGGGACAAUGACCGUGUUCUAGAGCAUUUUCUAAAUGAUCAUCCUUUUUUCAAAGAACAUUCCCACUUGUAUGAAUUUUAUAGAACUGACUUAUAUUCAGAAGAUCUCACACCGCUUAUAGAAAAUCUAAAACCAAGCGUACAGAAGGAAAUGCCACAGGAAUUGCAACGCAAAUUAAUGCAGAUAAACGCGGAAAGUGCGAGCUUGACAGAUACGGUUUUUAGUCCUUAAAUUCAUCAUAUUUCAGACGUUUAACUGUUUUCAUUUGACCUCUAAAUAUUAUUGAAUAAACAUUAUCAGAGAGACUUUCAUUGGUGGGAUGUCCACACCGACCUGAAAAACGUUAAAUGUGCGCUCGCUUGGAGAUAAUUUUUUAUGGUGCUUAAGAAUGUAAUUUUGAUCGGAUGUUUCUGGUGAAAUAGAAAACUGGAUCAGAAUCUUACAGCGACAAAACAUGAAACUGCAUUUUGCUUUUGUUUUUACGCUGAGAUAUUACCAUAUGUACAUCUAUCUAUUAACGGGCGGGUUUGUAAAAUACCGCUGCAGUAAAAGGACAAUUAUUUGAUACCAUGAUUGUGUAAUUUUUAACUUGUUUCUGUAGAUCACUUUAUAACCUUGUAGCCGAGUAGUGUUGAAAUAGUAACUUGACUUCCAUGUUUGUGCAUAACAAUCUUUGUAUAUAAUAAUCUACCUCAAGUACAGAUUAAAAUCCAUUUCCGUCCAUAUGACUUCUGUAAGACUAGGAUAGAUUUAUUCCUCUAUCCUCCUACAGAUGGUUGUGAAAUAUAUAAGGUUUGUUUUUAUAUGUACAUCACUAGGAUAAUUGAAUUGUCCUUAUUUAACUAUAUAAAUGAAAAGUAACUGGUGUAGAAAAGAGGAAACCCUUUCCCCAGUUUUAUUUAUAAUAUUUAAGACAGAAAAUAUGGUUUGUUCAGCUGAUCGAGUCGUAAUCUAUGACACAUGGGCAAAGACAUAUUUCACUGGAGUGCAAAAACUAGAUAACUUAUGUUUUAUUCCGAAAAUAACAUUUUCAUUAAUGUGUUCUAAAUAGACCUACAGUGCGUUUGACAUUUUGAAAUAUUUUGAUGAUUUUUCAAAGAAUGCAAAACUGUGUGUGAAUUCAACACAAAAUGUUAAGUACAAAAACUUGAAAACAACACUUAUACUGUUCUGCAUAUAUAUUUUUGAUGAAGAUAUAUAUGUUAUACUCUAGAUAACUCUAUCCCAGAAACUUGACUUUUUAUUAAAACAUUGCAUAAGGAAUAUACUGUAAAGUCAUCCUAAAGUUCAAAAGAUGUAGCAGUUUGAGAUCUGAGUAACUUAUUAUUACUCGUGGGUAAGCUUUACUGUUGAAACAGAAAAUUAAUAUUUUUCUGCCAUAUCUAAAAUCAUAUGCCUACAACGUGUAAAAUAUAAACGAAUUGUGUUGUAAACAAGUAGGUAUCAAGAAGACCUCAACUGGGGUGGGGGAGGGAUCAAUAAUCAGCACCUAUCCUUAUCGAUUUUCGUUUUCAAGAAAGUACAUUUUAGUUUUGUUAAAAUAAGCAAAUUGAUGGUCCAGGAGUUCAUUAAAUGUUUCGUUGUCUUGCGCAGUCUUAUACCAAUACAGUUUAAAGCAUACUCUUUGGUACCUACAAACUAUGUUCCUUAUAUCCUUAUCAAGUUAUUGAGCAUAUUUGGUGUACUCAUGCUUCAGAUUACUUGUUUUAAUUUAUGCAGUCAUUUAUAUUAGAAAUUUAGCGGAUGAUCGUUUUAUUGAUACUGUCUCAGUAAGAAAAUAGCGAGGCUAGCACCCCAACGCUAACUAUACCUUCCACAAUGUUUUAUAGUGUUUUUAUCAUGAUAAAAUGUAUUUUGUUGAUUGGAUUUGAAGCAUUUUUAUAUGCUGUAUCUUAAAAAAGAGGCAAAUUGCAGAUGGCUUUCUUAGUAGCUCUGGGUUCCAAAACGAGUUAUCUAGUUUUGCACCAGGUGACGAUAUGUUACAUAUUGGUUUACCGCGUUCACAAUAUUUAAGAGGAACAAAAAUUUCACAACCAGAUUAUAAACGGAGGUGUCAAGGAAGUAAUUUGUAAUGGUGUUUAUGUUGUAUUUUAUGUAAAAUUUUAUUUUUACACAGUUGCCUAUUGUGCUCAAAAAGCUUCAAUAAUAACUUUAUUUAAAUAGUCUGACAUUUUGACAGCAGCCAGUCUAACAUAUGAUCCUCUAACACAGAAUUCUACUAAGUAAUGUACAAACAUUGCAUUAAAUGUUUCUUUAUUGUAAAUAUACCCUUUCUUCUGUGGACAAAAAUUGAAUUUCAAUGGACAUCAUCAGACAGUUUGCAAAAUCAGUUUUUUGGACUGAAAGCAUUAUCAUUCUAUUCUACCGCCAUCUUUAACCAUGCACUUUUUAUAUGUAUUUUUACAUUAUUAAAACCCUGUAAAGUACAUUUUUGUCGACAACUACUACUAUUUGUAUGCAAAUAAUGGAUAAUUAUCUUGAGGGGUGCUGCACAUUGCAUUUUCUCUCAUGAACAGACCUAGUCAAACCAAGUCUGCUUCUGUUUUUGAUAGGUUUUCGUUCUUUGCCACCAAAGGAUCUUCUUACAGAUUUUAUUUAUCAUUGUUAAUACCUGAAAGGUCAUAUUUUGCAAAUAUUUUUAUGUAUAUUUUCUUCGUGUUUAUAGUUAGAACAAACUGUUACUGACAUUAUUUGGGUAUAACUUUGUUCAAACGUUAUGAAUAAUAUGUUUUUAGUUCGCUUGUUUAGUCAGUUCAAUAAUUAUUAUGUAGUUGAAGUGUUAAGUGUAAGGGGGGAUGAAUUUCCAGCUUUGUUGCACUGCUACAGCAAUAUGAUAAUAUGCUAUUGACUGUUACCAUGUUAACGGCCAUCAGUUGCAUCGUUAUGUUUUUUAGCUCACCUGUCACAUAGUGACAAGGUGAGCUUUUGUGAUCACCCGUCGUCCGUCGUCAGUCCGUGCGUGCGUGCGUGCGUCAACAAUUUCUUGUCUGUACGAUAGUGGUUUCAUUUAUGAUUUUAUUUUAACCAAACUUGCACACAACUUGUAUCACCAUAAGAUCUCGGUUCCUUUCUUGAACUGGCCAGAUCCCAUUAUGGGUUCCAGAGUUAUGGCCCCUGAAAGGGCCAAAAUCAGCUAUUUUGACCUUGUCUGCACAAUAGCAGCUUUAUUUAUGAUUUGAUUUUUACCAAACUUGCACACAACUUGUAUCACCAUAAGAUCUUAGUUCCUUUCUUAAACUGGCGAGAUUUCAUGAUGGGUUCCAGAGUUAUGGCCCCUGAAAAGGCCAGAAUUAGCUAUUUUGACCUUUUCUGCACGAUAGCAGCUUCAUUCAUGAUUUGAAUUUAAUCAAACUUGCACAAAACUUGUGUCACCAUAAGAUCUCGGUUCCUUUUUAGAACCGGCCAGAUCCCAUAAUGGGUGCCAGAGUUAUGGCCCCCGAAUGGGCCAAAAUUAGCUAUUUUGACCUUGUCUGUACAAUAGCAGCUUCAUUUAUGAUUUGAUUUUAACCAAACUUGCACAGAACUUGUAUCACCACAAGAUCUUGCUUCCUUUCUUGAACUGGCCAGAUUCCUUCUUGGGUUCAAGAGUUAUGGCCCCUUAAAGGUCUAAAAUCGGCUAUUUUGGCUUUUGCAGCCAUAUAGAGACUUCAUUUAUGGUUUUAUCUGAUACAAACUUCCAAAAUAUCUUCAACAACAAUAAAUCUUGGAUUCCAUGACAAAUCAGAUCCAGUCGUAGGUUCCAGAGUUAUUUUAUAUCUGAUUACCUCCCCUGAUUGUAGUCAAAAUGGAUUUAUAUCAGUAAAUACUUAUAGGACUUAUUUGAAAUUUCAUUAUUGUUAUUAGUUGGACUGAGACAAUCAGAGUAGAUAACUAUGGACUGAUUUUAUGUCAAAUUACCUCCCUUUAUUUCAAAUUAAAAUGGGUAUAUCUCCGUAACUAAUGAAGAUACUGAUCUGAAAUUUCAUUUAUGCCAACAUAUUUAUUUGGCAGAUCCUUCUUUUGUUCACUUACAAUAUAUUUUUCUUAAUAACUUCCCUUUUACGUUACUAUAAAUAGCUUAUUUUUAGUAACUUUUUUAUUAUUGGCCGUAGGGAAAAGCCGAGACCACUUUUCUGUGGUACAAGAUGGAUGGUACCUCCAAUUUUUAGGUGUUUUUGACAUAUCUAUACAUUGUAAGAAUUUUUUUCUUCUUUUUGGUUAAAUUUCUUCCCUUUGUUGUUCCUGUCCUUUGGAUUUAGAUAUUUUUCUGAGGACCUUCUUGUCCUCAAGUGCAAUGAUAACAGGUGAGCGAUAUAGGGCCAUCAUGGCCCUCUUGUUUAUAUUUUACCACCCAACUUCUAUAGACAAAAGCAUGUUGUCGUGUCUCCACUGGUUUAGCGGCAGUGUGUAUAUAUACCAAAAGAUCUUGUACUCCGUGUGCAUUUACGUAAGCGAAGCUUCAUUUUGUUUGUGUACUUUUUGUGCCCUCACCCCCAAUUUUUUGUCUUAUGUUAUAUUUUGGUGGGGGAGGGGCACUUAGAUUUGCCAAUGUCCGUACUUCUGUCAAACGAAAGGACAUUUGUUAGGUACAAUAUAUCUAAUUUUAUUCAUUCCGUACUGCAUAAUGGAUAAUUUUUGCUUUUUUUUGUGCUAAAAGAAAUACCCAAUAAAUGUCCGUUCGUAAGACCGUCUGUCCAUCCGUCCGUCCGUCCGAAUUUGUGUCGUGCAUAAUUAUCUAAAAAUAUUUGACCCAGAGUCAUCAAACCUCAAGGGUUGUAGAUAGGGAUGUGAAGUUGUGCACCUUGGUUUGACCAAUGUUAUGACCCUUGACUUAAUAAAAAAAUGUCUGUUCGAAUUUGUGUCGUGCAUAUCUCAAAAAGUAUUUUGCAGCUUGUGAAGUUGAACACUUGGUGUUCUGUUUACGGACCUCAAUUCUGGUCUUUGAUUAAGUGAAAAAUAUUUAUAAAGUGCUCCAAAGUUUGUGCUCCAUAUCCAGCUUAACAACAUUUGACUUGAUUUCACUCUGCAAGACCAAAGUAAUGGUCAUUGUCUUAGUAAAAAGUAUGCAUUAAGGGAAUGAAAGUUUGUGUCCCAUAUAUUUCAAAAAGUAUUUGACCAGGAAUCAUGUGACUUUAUACUAGUGUUUUUCAUUUGUGCACCUGGGAUUUUAUUUAUUCUUACCUUCUACCCACGCCUUUCUCCAUAAAUAUCUUUCAUUUUCUUUUAUCUUGUGUUUCUUGUUAUGUUCUGUGGUAUCCAUAGUCUCUCCCCCACCUCCUCCACUCAGCCCGAGGUAGUAUAAAGGUUUACUUAGUGGUAACAUUAUGACCAUACAGUGACAGGAAGUAGGGGCACCGGUGUCCUAUAGACACACAUCUAAUUUAUAUACACUUUACAUACUUGGGCCUCUCAUUUUCAAUGUGUUGCAUUUUGCCACACCAGUUUAAAUAACCUAAGUUUUAUAUAUUGGGCAGCAUCUUUUGUAUUUUGAACGGGCGGUAUACUGAUGAGAUUUUUAUUCAAACAGUUCAGGUUUUAGGAAUGGUAAGGAAACAUUUUAUGAAUGAUUCACAUUUGCAGUAUCAGCGGGUUUCCUGACCAGUUAGACAAUUCCUUUGAUAUUAUACAUAAUUUCAAAAAAGAUCAGAAAAUUGGCACAUUGGCAUUUAUAAUUGUUCAAGUAUUUUGUUCAGUUCUGCGCAAUGAAGUUUUGGGAAACAAACAUGCAGUUUGACUCAGUUCGUCGCUAGCUUCGUGUGUAACUUUAAAAAGACACAACAGUUGUAAAAACUUUAAAAAAUCAACAUUAAACAAAUGGUUCGAAGUUUUCUAUUAGGGAAACAAUUAACUAGACUUAUAAUAGUGAUUUUUCUACGAUACUUACAUUUUUGCCUAUUACAUUAAAAUGAUUCAUUCAGAACUGUCUUACUGCCAACAGAAUGAUGUUAUAAAGAUCAAUAUCCAUGUCAAAGAAAACCUAAUGAUCAAACAGUAGGACAGUCAAACGUUUGAAAAUAGUCAUAUGCUCGCAUUUUUCAGAAACUGUUAUACUCUCCAAUUAUCAGUUAUUGGUUUAAAAAUUCAAUAAAAACUUGCAUUAUAAAAGCCAUCGUAACUAGUUUCAUUUUUAGAAUUUUUGACUUUCUGCACCUGUUAUCGGGCACUUCCAAACACGUUUUAGAAAUAAAAUAAAAUGACUUAAUUAUUAAAUACAUAAUGUCUCAGUCAGGAGGUAUAAAAUACUUUGCGGAUACAAUAGUUAAAUUCAGCUCUUUUAUUCGUUACACUGUUCCCACUUGACUUUAUACAACCGAAAGUUUUGUUUGCCCCACUUUCGUUACCCUUGAAUACAAAAGCUUCAAGAAGGCUUUCAAACAUAAAAUGCUGUAGAAACGCAGCUCUUACAAAUGUAAUAGUUUUUACUUUUAAAUGCAUAUUCAGGUAGAACGGGUGAACAAUCAAAAAAAAAAUCUCUAAUGAUCAUAGAAACGUCGUAGAAACUGAUUUUUAUAGAAUAAAGCAUACAUGUUUUCCCUUUUCGGCGUUUCCUAUUGAAAAAAUAAGACACCGAAGGUAAGGUUUAAAUUGACCCGUUUUCACGUAUUUUAAUGAUUACUUAUACCGUCAGAUAGUGACUUAGAUCUAUUGGAUAAAUGACUGUUUUCUGUUACGUAACUUGAAUAUUUAUGCAACUGUAUACUUAAAAAUUCAGAUUUCGUGAAAGCUUUGAUUUUACGUUCUACUGUAUUAACAGCGCAAACAAAUUUGAAUUUUAUAUUAAUGUAGGUUAAUUAGAUUUUGGUCAAAAAGUGAAACACGUCGUAAAAUGUUGCUCAAAUAUGACCGGCCACCUCUUAUACGUUUGCUUGUUUUUAAACCCAUUUAUUUAGGUCAAAAAUAUAUUAACUAUUGGUUGUCAUUAUUAACUAUUGGUUGUCAUAAAUUUUCUUGUUAGAUCUAUGAAAAAUCAAAUUUGAAAGAUUCUUAUGAUUUUAACCUUUACUUCUUAGUGUAUGAUGGUUACAAUAUACAUGUAUAGACUGUUUGCGUUAUAUUCUAUUAAAUGACAUAUGCUUAUUGUAAACUUGAUAAAUAUUAUGAUAUCAG